AGCCAAAAUUGGGAAUCUUUUAAUCUUUUCCUUCCUACUUCCGAAUAACAAGAAUAUGUAGAUUAAAACAGGCUCCAAAAGCCAAACCCUUCAUUCUCUACCCCCAAAAGAGAGGGGGGGAAAAAAAAAAAAAAAACAAUAAUAAUGGCUUCCUUUCUCUGCUCCUCCAAAUUUCUAUUCCUCCUUUUCCUCUUCUCGGCCAUUCCCAUCGCCUUCCUCAUCUCCCUGGAGCUCGCCAAACCCACCACCCAUGUCUACCACUACCACAGCAACGGCUGGCUGCAUGAGUGCGCCAAGUGGGACAAUCUCCACCGUCGUUUCAUCGUCUCCUCUUUGGGCGGCGGCGUCGGUCAGAUUUCGGUGCCGGAGGUCCACUCGCGGGAGACUAUUCUGGAAGAAGUAGAGGUGAUCAAGGACCUUGACUUGGCCGGGAAUGCUUCACUGGGUCUGCUAAUCGAUACCUCCAGGAAUCGCCUCUUACUGGUGACUGCCGAUCUCUUAGGGAAUCGCUACGGUGCGCUGUCGGCUUAUGAUUUGUCCACGUGGAAGAGGCUGUUUCUCACCCAACUCAGCGGUCCAAGUGACGAGAAAUCAUUCGCAGAUGACGUGGCAGUGGAUGCAGAAGGCAAUGCAUACGUUACCGAUGCCAAGGGAAACAAAAUUUGGAAGGUUAGUGAAGAAGGCAAAUUGGUUUCAUCCAUAAGAAGCCCUCUCUUUGCUCCAAAAGAGUGGUACAGAAACCUGGUAGGACUAAACGGAAUCGUUUACCACCCGGAUGGGUUUUUGCUAGUUGAUCACACUUUCAGUGGAAACCUGUUUAAGAUCGAUAUAUCAAAUGGAGGAGAUUAUGAAGUGAAGGUAAUUAAGGUGUCUGGAGGGCCACUGAGUAUGGGAGAUGGGCUUGAGCUACUUUCUCCAACAAAGCUUGUUGUUGCAGGAAAUCCUUCAAGACUAGUAGAGAGCUCUGAUGGGUGGGAAACAGCUUCUGUUUCGGCAACAUUUUACGGGCCUAGGCAUAGAAUUGCCACAUCAGCUACUGUUAAAGAUGGCAAGGUUUAUAUCAACCAUUUACUGGGGUUUGGAUAUCCAAACAAGAAGCAUGCCCUUGUUGAAGCUGUUUUUUCAUCUUAGAAAUUGAAGGAAUAACAUGUUGAGGCAGUUUCUUUCUUUAUUUGUUUCUGCUUGUGAGGGUUACAGAAUAGGGCAUGUGAUUAUUUUUCAGGGUUGGGUUAGAUUUUUCUGUCCGGCUUGAUGUGUAAUUCUUAUUGUUAAAGAACAUUGCAUCCCAAACGAUUAUCCUUAAAUUUUAUUUGUAUCUGAUCAGUAUAUUUGGGCCUGGUUGUUGACAAAAAUGGACUGGGCUUCGUCUCAAUUAUUGGAUAGGAAGGCGGCCACAUGCACGCAAGCCUUGGGUGGACGUGGGCAGUUGCAUGGAGGUGUGCACGAAUCCACGAUGCAAAAUGUUGAUGUUGACAGCAUUAUUGACAGAAAAUCCAAAAACUUGUGUCUUAAGUAUUUAUUGGACUUAUCUUUAUUUCCUAUUUUAUUUUGAUUUUAUGCUCAACUCUUUCAUGAA